GACUGUAGGCCACUUGCCAGCUUGCCAGUUUGUCUGCUUUUGCUGUCCGGAGAAGCCGUGUUCGUGACCAGUGGUUGCCAACAGUUCUGCGGGCUUUUGAAGUUAUGAAGAAGCAGAUGAUCAGAACAGAGGAGAAAGUGGUAGUGGAGGGGCGCGGGCUUCUGUUCGGCAACGGCUCGUUUCUUCCGGUUGUCAGCCCCUCGACGUCCCACACUGGGUUCCAGCAGGUUGCUCGCAUGAUGGACUCGCUUAUUCUGGACUCCCUCUCACCCUUUACCUUCACCAAGAUCACGACGACACACAGGCCGGCGCGUGACACUGGGUCCAAGCGGGCCACGGGUACCCAGCAUGCCAAAGAGAGGACGGGCCCUGUCAGGGCGCAGCACGCACCGGAACAAGAGUUGCCUCAGUCAAAAUCGACCAGAAGCGUAGACUCUGAAGAACGCAGUAAGGCUCCCGUCAACACUCCCCCAGUUGCGUCCGACAAAUGGGUGGCUUCACUCCGAAGACGGGACCCAGAGAUACAACCAGCCUUGCCAGCCAUCAACCCCCGGGGCCGGAGCUCCAGCUACAGUGUGAACACAAGUCGAAAAUCACGGUCCGUGGACCGCCUGCCACGGCCCGGUAAGGAUCGGACCAAAGGGACGGUACUCGAGGGGCUGCGCCCCACUGUGAAGAAGCUGGAGCCCGAGCAGCAGGACCAAGUGGAGGUGGCAGGGGAUGAGGAGCGUGAGGAACGUGUGUUCAACCCCACAGGCUACGAGGCUCAUCUUGUCGAGACAAUUGAGAAGGAUAUCUUGCAGUAUAACCCUGACAUCACAUGGGCCAAGGUGGCUGGUCUGCAUGAGGCCAAGGCGAUUCUGCAGGAGGCCAUGGUGCUGCCCAUACUGAUGCCAGACUUCUUCAAGGGCAUUCGGCGACCGUGGAAAGGAGUGCUAAUGGUGGGUCCCCCAGGAACAGGAAAGACCCUGUUAGCCAAGGCUGUGGCCACUGACUGUGGUACAACAUUCUUCAACGUUUCUUCUUCCACCCUCACUUCCAAGUAUCGGGGUGAGUCAGAGAAACUUGUCAGGCUGCUCUUCGAGAUGGCCAGAUUUUAUUCACCUAGCACAAUCUUCAUCGAUGAGAUAGACUCGCUGUGCUCACAAAGGGGCACCGACUCAGAGCAUGAAGCUUCACGGCGCUUCAAGGCAGAGCUACUGAUUCAGAUGGAUGGCAUCAACUCCAGCAGUGGUGAAAACAAAGUUAUAAUGGUUCUUGCUGCCACCAACCACCCUUGGGACAUAGAUGAGGCUUUCAGGAGGAGGUUUGAAAAGAGGGUCUACAUUCCUCUGCCAAAUGAUGAAGCACGCUCUGCACUGCUGAAGUUGUGUCUUGAAGGCGUGCCUGUGGAUGAAACACUGGACACCAACGUCAUUGUUGCUAAGCUGGAAGGGUAUACAGGAUCUGACAUCAGCAAUGUGUGCAGGUUUGUUUGGAACUGCUUUCUCUCUUGAUAGCAAGGCCAUAGAACUGGUGACCAUGAAGACAAAUCAUUU